UAUGAUGAUCAGAUAACAUAUUUUAUAACAUAUAAUCAACUAUUCUUAUCAACAUUGUGCUGUUUUUAUAAAUUUCUUAAAUAAAACUUAGUUGUUGAGUUAAAUGAAACAAUUCACUACAAAAUCACAUCUGUAGAAUUGAUAUUAGUUCUAAUAAGUAAUUUAAAUACACCUCAAAUAUAUAGGCAGAGAUAAUUAAUAUCUUAAUAAUUGAGAAGAAUCUACUAGCUAUUAAACGGUUUAUAUAUAAAUAUAAAAAUGUUGGAUGGAUGUAUAUGAAGUUGUGACUCAAACAAAAAUGUUUAAAAAAAUUCAUAUAAAUUUUUAAAUAAAUUUAUGAUUAAUGUU